UCUUUCUCUCUUGCUGUUGAAUGGUUAACAGUAUGCAGCCAGUCACCAUGGACAGAGUCAACCCAUGAUGAGACCCAUCACCUCCAUUUUAGAAUCUUCUUCACAUUUCAGUGCCCAAUUUGGUGCAGUCAUGGAAUAAUACUGAGGAACUCAAGUGUUCAGAGUGUCUCAGCCAAAACCAUGAAGCAAGAGAUCGCUACAGAGAGCAGGGCAAGCUUAUUCCACUCUUUAACAGGCAAUCGAACCAGAGUACAAAAAACCAGAGAUACCCAAAAAUCAGGUGCUCCCAUUAAUGGGGUUUCAUCAGGUCAAAAAUUGAGGCCAAAACCAGUAGUUUCAGAGCCAGAUUCCAGUGCAAAAACAAGGAAGAACCAGCCCAAGUUGAAGCCUUUUAGUGGGGAAGAAAUUGAAGCUCACAAAGCAAGAGAAAUGGGUCGAAUGCGGCAGCAACCGGUCGAAAGCUAUGCUCGAUUGAGAAGGCCCCGGGGCCAUGAAUUGAAGAAAGUCGUAGACUCGGAUGAGGAGAAGAAAGGGUUGGACGAGAAGGGUGAGUUGCAGAGGAAGCUCGACCUAAGUGAGGGUUUGGUGAACGAUUUGCACUCUGAGGUGGCAGAAUUGAGAGCCCAAGUUGAGAGUUUGCAGAGUUUGAAUCAGAAGCUUGAGCUGCAGAAUAGGAAAGUUGCAGUGGAACUUGCUGCUGCUGAAGCAAAGCUGAAUUCUCGGAUACUUAGUGCUAAUCAGAGUCUUGACAGGGAAAAUGGGUUUAAGAAGAAAAGCAUGAUAGAAUCUGUAGUUGGUGAAAUUAAAGCCUCUGAUCAGGAGAUGGAGUCACCUUCAGAGGAGGUCCAAAGGGCUGAAUUCAAAGAUAUUCGGAAACUGAUUGCCAGUAAGAUGGAGCAACAGUUGGGUCCAAAACCCAUGGCCAUAAAACAAGUUCCCACUCCUAAAACUGUACAAAUCCAGCCAAAACCACCACCAAUUUGCCCUCCACCACCUCCUCCUCCACCUCCUCCUACACAAGCAUUGUCUAAAAAAGGAGCAGCCAUGAAAAAGGCUCCAGAUUUGGUGGAGUUUUAUCAUUUGUUAACGAAGCGAGAAGGAAAGAAGGAUGGGUUGGGAAGUGGCACUUCUAGUAGUCCUGGUGUUAUGAGCGCUCAUAGUAGCAUUAUUGGGGAAAUUCAGAAUCGGUCAUCACACAUGUUGGCUGUAAGAGCAGAUGUGGAAAAGAAAGGGGAAUUUAUCAAGUUCGUGAUAAAGAAAAUUCGAGAAAUGGCCUUUGCAGAUAUGGAGGAAGUUCUCGCCUUCGUUGAUUGGCUGGACACGGAGCUCUCGUCUCUGUCAGAUGAGAGAGCAGUGCUUAAACACUUUGACUGGCCUGAGAGAAAGGCCGACGCGAUGAGAGAAGCUGCAUUUGAAUAUCGAGAUCUUAAACGGCUGGAACUUGAGGUCUCUUCUUAUGAAGAUGAUCUCUGCCUGCCCUGUGAAACUGCCUUGAAGAAGAUGGCUACAUUAUUGGACAAGUCGGAGCAAAGGAUUCCAAGGCUAGCCAAAUUGCGAGACUUGGUGAUGCCAUGUUACAGAGAUUGUAAGAUUCCAACUGCCUGGAUGUGUGAUUCUGGAAUGGUUGACAAGAUAAAGUUAGCUUCAGUGAAACUGGCCAAAAAGUGCAUGAAUAGACUUUCCAUGGAGCUUGAAUUGGUCAAACAUUCAGAAAGGGAAUCUGCUCAUGAGGGAUUGCUGCUUCAGGGUGUGCGCUUCGCAUAUAGAGCACAUCAGUUUGCUGGGGGUCUUGAUGCCGAAACCCUCUGCGCUUUUGAAGAGAUCAGAAGGCUAGCCCCAUCAAAUUGUGGAGGAUCACGGGAACUAUUUGCCGGUAUAACACCUUAGUACAUCAGAUAUGCCCCUCCUGUUAAAAAGAUGAUGGCAGGAGCUCUGGUGGAAUAAUCUUGUGAAUUAGUAUGAUAUGAUGUUUAUUUAUUUAGGAAAAGGUAGGGCCAUUUGCUAAGAGGACAAAGGUCUAUUUUUCGAACAAAAUAAUGAUAUUGCAGUUUAUUUAUCUCUGAUAAGUAGUGCUUCUCAGACUCGAAUCAAAUCGGGUGCUUUUGGUUUUGAGGAACCCUUA